AACGAAAACGAGAAGAUGAAGGAAAACGAGAAGAAGAAGGUUGUAUACAGGUACUGCUCUCAUUACUACUCUGUGGCAGCAUUCAGAGCCACAUACGAACCACAUCUAAAACCAUUGGAUGAUGUCAAAGACUGGGUCAAGGUAGAGAUGGAGCUAAAUCCUCUUAGAAGUGGCAGGAAAACAGGAAGGCCUGGAGUUAAAAGAAGGAGGGCAUAUGAUGAACCUCCACCACAUCCCAGAGUCUAUAAAUGCCGCAGGUGUGGGAUUUCAGGCCACAACAGUAGGGGUUGUGCUGGUGGUGCUGUUGGACAGACCUCUAAAGCACCAAGAUAA